AUGGUCAUUAACAAAUCUAAUCCAAACCAAUUGUCAUCACCAUCGUCUUUAAAUGGUAUGGCAGAUAUCCUAAUGCACAAACUUGACCGAACCAAAGUUUUCCCUCCUUAUUACAAUAAGCCUGAAGAUUUGAUCAAUUCAUCAAAUCAAACAACUUCAAGAAUACCUCGCCCACCCAAUGGUUUUCUGCUAUGCAGAAGGAAUGUGCACGAACAGGCAAAACAACAUAGAAUAUAUAACAUGAGAGUUAUAAGCAAAGUCACGGGAAUGUUAUGGCGUAGUGCUUCACCACAAGAAAAGGAGCUUUAUGAGCAUUUAGCCCUUGAUGUUCAAAACUUACAUUCACAACGGUAUCCAGGAUACAAGUACAAACCUACCAUUCGUGCAAAACCAUCCCCAGCUCAAAAUUUCAAUAAUGGACAUUACCAACCAUACAUAAUUCCACAACAAAUGCUCGUUGUACCAACACCAUUUCAACAGAUACCUCUAAAUCAGAUCACUUAUUCAGUUACAGAUUCGCUCCUUUACUUUACUCAAGAAGAUAUUGAUUUGCUUAACUUGUACUGGAGCUUCUAG